AUGAACGAAACACCGCGACUGCGGUCGGCUUUUCCUACCACUCCAAGAACAGACCCUCGACGCCGAACCUUCAACAAUGGUCGCCCAGGUUUGGGGUCACCCCCUUCAUCCUUUCCUCAGAGACCAUCGCCGAUAACCCGACCUGUCAAGACUCCUCCCGAGACGGCGGCCUCCUCCUCGCCAUUGAUACCGACAGAGAUCGUCGACGUCCCCUCCCAAAGAUUUUACGUUUUCGCAUUUUAUAUUGCCCUAACGGCGUGGAGGCUGUACAACUCCUACAACGUGGAAAAUGAUCUGGAUUCGACGUGGCUUUUUCUGAAGUGGGUGGGAAUUGAUGCCGCGUUCUUCGUGGCACUGCCAGCGUUUAAGAUACCCUGGUUAGAGUUCUCGUUUCCCACAACUUUCACAUUAUGGUUGCUGCAUGCUAUUGCAAAUGCUUUCUUAAUGUACAAGAUUCCAAUACCAUUCUUGACAUGGUUAGGGGCCUUGGUGAAGAUGGCCUAUGACCGUGAACUUUCAAUAUCAGAACACCGGGUGAAGCCAGCCGAUAUUCUACACAACUCCUCGAUCAUUUUAGGAAAACAAAUCAUACACAUCCUUCCGGAGGGUUCUGCCAUUCUGAACCCCGAGAAGAAGGCAUUUUGCAUUGAUGCCUCUACACCUUCGGUCGAACUCCCCAUUCGGAUCAACCAGACGACGCCUAUUUCUAUUGAGCUUCAGCGGUUUGAUCUCGAGACAGAUGAAGUCGAGACGAUCAUCAUUAGCGGCAGACAAGCUAGUCAAUUGAAAAAGCACGCAGACAGCGGUCAUCACAAGUCGGAUACAAACACGCCUCGGACCCUGCAUUACCCGGUCUCAAAGGCAGGCUUAUACCAACUACAUCGAGUUAUUGACGCCACAAAGCUGGAAGUGCGGAAACGAAGUCUUGAUACGGCAGUUGUGCAAUGCCCGGUGGCGAGCAUCUCGACCGAGUCCGAGGACAGGUGUACGGGGGAGUUAAGCAACAUCUCUCUGCAAGUUACAGGUGUCCCGCCAUUUAAAGUCAAAUACAGCAAGACCAUCAACCACAAGCAGUUCAGUUCCAUUGUGCAAAAUGUGCAGCCCCAGGUGAAUCUCGACAUUGUCUCUGGCGACGAGUCUUUAGGUGUCCUCGAUCCAAGACGGCCACAGAUGGGAUGGACAAAAUCCACAACAGAGUCCUUCGAGAUCAAUGAAUCUCUCCACCAGAAUGGAAGCCAUUCUUACACCAUCGAAGAAGUGGAAGAUGGACUCGGGAACAAAGUCGUCUAUGAUGCGAGCAAACCGAAGGACGUCCAUGCUCCACGGACUCAAAGCUUGACUGUGCAUAACAGACCUCGAAUCACACUGGGAGGCCUCAACUCGGAUCGGCUACUCCGAGUCCCCGAAGGAACCUCGAUUACUCUGCCUAUUCGAGUCCAACAUGUGGACGCAUUGCACACGUCAGACUGGCCGUUGAACGUGAAGUACAGCUUUGUCUCGGAUGAUGAGGGGGAAGUUGUUCAUUCCGAAGAGCAUGCACAUGAGAUGGCGAACCGUCGUUCCUUGCCUCUGGUCAGUGCGCCUGGCAGAUAUAGUCUCGAUUCUGUCGACAGCCAGUACUGCCAUGGGGAGGUUGUUGAGCCUUCAUCAUGCUUACUCGUCAACCCUCCUAAACCCAAUCUCAGUAUGGAAUCUGAAGACAUUUUUGACAAGUGCGCCGGUAACCCAAUUGGCAUGUAUGUAAACUUUGACUUUACAGGCACCCCGCCUUUCAAAGUUAGGUAUACGACGAGCCACCAGGGGGCUGCUUAUCCAAAAGUGCAAGAAUUCUCUGGUAUGCGCGGUCAGAUGGAAUUGCGUGAAAGAGCAGCCGGCUCUUAUACCUACACAAUCCAUGAAAUCGAAGACCAAGUGUAUGGCACCGUCUCACUGAAGGACCAAAAUCUUGUCCUUAAACAAGAUAUCAAGCCACCAGCGUCUGCGAUCUUUCACGGAGACAGUCGUGCGAUCAAGGCGUGCCUUGGCUCGCCCGUCUCUGUUCCAGUUAGACUCUCAGGUCAAGGACCAUGGGACCUGGAUUACGAGCUGGCACAUGCCGGCAAAAGAAAGAAGCAUCACAUCCACUCCGAAGAGGAGCUAUGCACGAUCAAUCUUCCCCCGUUGGCCGAAGGAGGGAGCUAUUCUGUCAUUUUAACAGGAGUACAGGACAAAUCGCGCUGUCGCACGACGUUGCAGGAGGAACGAAAGAUCGAGGUCAGACAAGAGCAACCACGAGCAGCUUUCGGCGAUAUUGAUGGCAAACGGUCAGUCUUGGCGCUAGACGGCAAGUCUGUCAAGCUACCAUUGCGACUUAAGGGAUUCGCGCCAUGGGCUGUUAGACUGCAGAAUCUAGACGACGCGUCUGACUCAUUCGAGCAGAUAUUUAGAGACGCAAACGCAGAAAUUUCGGUUGACCGUCCAGGUACUUACGAGAUUGUCUCUGUGCACGACAAUUGCCCAGGUGUGGUUGAUUCCAAAGCGAACAAAUUCCAAGUCAGUUGGAUACCCCGGCCGAAGUUAUCGAUCAGAGAUUCAUCUAUUGAAGAAGAAGGGGCCAGGGGUUUCCGUAAACCCGCAGUAUGUCAGGGCGACGAAUCAGUCCUGACCUUCGGGCUCACCGGCAGUCCCCCCUUCCACCUUAAAUACCAACAGAGGUUUCAGCCGGUCAAAGGGCCUUCUGCAGUCUGCAACAAACCUGCCACCUUUGCGGGUAGUAGUGCCCAGAUAAAUCUUGAUACCAGCAAAGCUGGGGAGUACUUUUAUGUCUUCAACGAACUCGGCGACGCCCGCUAUUCUCCCGACAAGAAGGGAUUCGCGCCAAUCCUUCUCUCACAGCAAGUGUAUCCUCUACCGUCAGCGAAGUUUGGCCAGGCAGGGAAGACUUACGGCUACUGCAAAUACGACCCGUCCUUCACAAACAGCGCAGAGGCCGAGACUGAACACAUACCGAUUACGUUCACAGGCACAGCCCCAUUCAGCGUUGAAAUUGCCAUUGUCCACCAUGGUGUGUCGACUCGCCCUGAAAUCAUCCGUCAGAAAGACAUCCACACCCACAGCUACUCAUGGCCGCUUUCGCGAGCCACCCUCGACCUAGGCACACAUACCGUUUCAAUUCGCUCCGUCAAAGACGGCCGCGGCUGUGAAACAAUUCUCGACUCGGAUCCAUCCGCAGUUCGCAUCCAUGUCUCUUCGCCACCGGCCAUCAUCCCGCUCGAGUCGCAAGAACAUUAUUGUGUCGGCGAGCACGUCUCGUUCUCCUUGAGUGGUCAGGCCCCUUUCGAUGUCUUCUAUACCUUCCAGGGUCGUGAACGAAAAGCGCGUGUCUCUGGUAAUGAGUUCAGACGACUUGCCGAGUCACCAGGAGAAUUUAUCAUUACGGGUGUUAGUGAUUCAGCAAUGGGCAAUAAUAAAUGCCGUGCAAGGAAGGAUAUCAGGAAAGUCAUUCAUCCGUAUCCGACAGUGGAGAUUGGGAAGGGGAAGACAGUGGUUAGCGAUAUUCAUGAGGGCGGGGAGGUGGAUAUCCUGUUUACAUUUACGGGGACGCCGCCUUUUGAAUUCACGUAUACCCGCACCGAAAAUCUCAAGAAAGGCAAGGGAAAGCCACGCAUUCUUGAGACGCGUCACGACACAUCAGAUGAAUUCAGCAAGAUGAUUCGAGCCAGCGACGAAGGGAUCUACGAGGUUGUGAGCAUCAAGGACCGAUUCUGCUCAUAUACGAAACCCAGUCACAAGGCUGGCGGUGCUGGCGGCGGUCAGAAGUUGUUGACCUACUGA